AUGGCCGCCGCGGGCAAGCUCCUCCUCCUGGCCGCCGCCGCCGUCCUGGCGGCGUCCCUCGUCGCCGACGCGCGCCCGUGCGGCCACGCGCAGACGCUCCUCGUCUCCUUCUCCUCCGUCUCCAGGCCCAAUCCGGACCCCACCAACCCCACGCCGCUCACCACCACCGUCGUCACCGUCCUCCGCGUCCGCCGCCUCGGCCCGCACCAGAUCCGCCGCCCCGUGGCCCUCCCCUCCGCCGAGCCGGAGGUCGCCGCCUCGUCCGUCCAGGACCGCGCCAAGGACAUCCUCGUCGUCGUCUCCGGCCUCCUCUUUGGCUUCGGCUGCGGCGCCCUCACCGCCGCGUCCAUGUACCUCGUCUGGUCGCUCCUCGCCUCCACCUGCGCCUCCGGCUACGACGACGACGUCUACAGCGACGACGAGGACCAGCUGUCCGACUCCGAGAGCCCCAAGAAGGCCGGCUACGUCAUCAUCCACGACGCCGACGAGUACGGCGCUGGUAAGAAUUAG